GAAUCUUCCCCAGGUUUCGUUUCUUCUUUCAAGCACUGACUUUAAAAACCUGCGAUCAUAAGCACGCAGUAACCCUCCCCGAGCCUGCGUCGCAGGCCUCCGCUAGCCAGAGCUCUCGCGACCGCUCGGGGGCCGACGCGCUGCCCCUUCCGGCCCGCGGGCUCCGCUCGGCUCUUCCCGGCGCGCUGGGCCUUCGGCUCUUUCCGGAGCCACUUGCGGCAGGCUGCGGAGGCGCUGCGGACGCGCGCUGCAGAUGUCGGACCGGCGGGCGGCUGAGGGGCCGGGCGUCUGGAGCCCCGCAGCCCGCCGAGGGCCGGCGCACGGCGUCGGGGACGGCCCGGGAGUGGAGGGGAGCCAGGCGGCCGCCUCAGAGAAUGAAGAUCUGGAAGUCACCAAGGUCACCUCUCUAGCAGCUUCUGCCUCUGAUCCGGAACCCCAUUCCUCACCCUACAGGCCACAGAUGGUAUCUCCGGUGAGGGAGGAUGCCACAGAAGAUCAGCAGAAGGCAGCCAGUGCCAUGGAGGCACAGGCCUCGGUGGAACAGGAAUUGCUGUCUGCAGACCAGGCCCAGGUCCUCAGCAAGAGCUCUCUUAUGCAGAUGGCUAAGUACCAUGGUCUGCCAAGGUCUGGGGACAUCGUUAUGAUCCAGUCUGAGCACACAGGAGCUGUAGAUAUUCUUUCAGCUGAUUUGGAAUCUGCAGACCUUCUGGGGGACCACAGGAGAGUCUCCCCGCCUCUGAUGGCACCUCCAUGCAUCUGGACCUUUGCCAAGAUGAAGGAAUUCAAAAGCAAGCUGGGCAAAGAGAAGAACAGCCGUCUGGUGGUAAAGCGGGGUGAGGUGGUGACCAUCCGGGUACCUACCCACCCAGAGGGGAAGCGUGUCUGCUGGGAGUUUGCGACCGAUGACUAUGACAUUGGCUUUGGAGUUUACUUUGACUGGACCCCUGUAACCAGCACUGACAUAACGGUGCAGGUCAGUGAUUCCAGUGAGGAUGAGGAUGAAGAUGAGGAGGAAGAGGAGGAGAUUGAAGACCCUGUCCCAGCUGGAGACGUGGAGCGAGGCUCCAGGAGCUCCCUGCGGGGCCGCUAUGGGGAGGUCAUGCCCGUGUACCGGCGGGACAGCCACCGAGACGUGCAGGCCGGCAGCCACGACUACCCUGGUGAGGGCAUCUACCUGCUCAAGUUCGACAACUCCUACUCCCUGCUGCGCAACAAGACUCUCUACUUCCACAUCUACUACACCAGCUGAAGGCCCGCUGGGACAGGGGGCAGGCGGUGUUUGCUGGCUGGAGCAGGCUGCCAGCUGGGGCCUCUUGUUUUGGAUAGGCAAGAGCUAAAAGUUGAGCGUGGGGCUCCCGACCCUCACGCCCUGGCUGGCGUGCCUGACUGUUGACCCCAUGUAGCUUUUCCCCCUCCCAGGCUUCUGCAGAUGGUGGUGUAGUGCCCCUGUUCCGUGGUCCCUGACUCACGCUCUUCUGGCUUUAGACUCCAGCAAAAUCUCUCUGUGGAGGAAACCAUCAGGCAAAAGCCUGAAAGGAAGUUGGGGGUUGCGUUUUAAAUAUAGUUUUGUUUUGGUACAAGGUG